UGUGUGUGUGUGUGUGUGUGUGAACAGCUGGAAUGAGGUUAGUGGAGAGCUGGAGUGGUGUAGUGUUCACUAGUGUAUCUGUUCUAGUCCCUGUGAUCGCGGUGCUUUUACACUUCAUGGAGAAUUCACCUGAAUCAGAGGAUUAUAAAGGGCUUGAUGCUGCCGCACUCGAGGAUCAUUUCAGACAGAUGAAUAAAAGUUGCUUCAUCCUUGGUGCUUCUGGAGAAACAGGAAAAGCUCUCCUGAAGGAAAUUGUGGAGCGCAAAGUUUUCACCAAAGUUACUCUGAUUGGGCGACGGCAGCUGAGCUUUGAGGAUAAAACUUACGAAAAUGUGGUAGUGCAAGAAGUGGUGGAUUUUGAGAAACUGGAUGAACACGCCCAGGCAUUUCAGGGUCAUGAUGUUGGAUUCUGCUGCCUCGGCACAACCAGGGCAAAAGCAGGAGCUCAAGGAUUUGUCCGUGUGGAUCAUGACUACGUACUGAAAUCAGCAGAACUUGCCAAAGCCGGUGGCUGCACACACUUCCACCUGGAGUCGACUAAGGGCGCUGACAAAACCAGCAGCUUCCUUUAUUUACAAACCAAGGGUCAGGUUGAAGCGGAUGUAGAGCAGCUGGGCUUCGAGCGAUUCUCCAUCUACAGACCUGCCGUGCUCCUGGUGAACCGAGAGGAGAGCCGACCGGCCGAAUGGAUGGCACGCAAGUUUUUUGGCGCCGUGUCACUGGUGUUCCCCACGGCCAUGUCCAUCCCCAUCACCAGCGUGGCUCGAGCCAUGGUCUUCAACACGCUCAUGGAGGGGCAGAGGAAAACCGAGAUCCUCGAAAACAAAGCUAUUUAUAACCUCGGGAGGAUCGGGGAAAAACAUUAACCUGUGGAGUGUUGAAGUUUUAAUCGAUCCACUACAACUCUCGCUUUAAUUUCCUACUUUAUAAAGGGAUGUCUGGUGAUUUGGUGGUUUCCUGUUUACAGAUUGUAACUUGCCUUGUGUUCACAGAAGGGAUCUUAUAGCUUAUCUUUCAGCCUGUAACAGCUCUGGGUUUUCCCAAUGACUUCUGGCUAAUAAAGGGAAUAUUUAAUUCAAUCUUACAACAAAAAUUACAUCGAUUUUAAAAGAAUGUAUGCUUUGGGAUGUUGCACAGACACACACUCAGGAGUGUAACUAGGAAGUGUACACAUGUCACUAGUGUUUCAGUUAUCUACACACACACACACACACACACACACACACACACACACACACACACACACACACACACACACACACACAGUUAUAUCUGUAAGCUGACUUUCUGCUUGCUUUUACUUCCUGGUGCUCAGUCUGAUGUAUGGUUGCAGUGCAUUAUGGGUACACUCACACACUCACAAUGAUGUCAUAUGAACAUCAAUAAUAACUGUCAAGAUAUCUUAUUGGAAUUAAUUGUGUGUUUUAGUGAAAAUAAGUGCUAGUGUUUUUUUUAUACAAAAUUUGUGUUAUUUUGCAUUUUAAACAGCAGUACAGCAGUAAAAUAAAAUGGCAAAUAAUCUGAUUUGUAAUUGAUGUAUAUCUCAUCUGUGUUUCGUUACUUGACCUGUCUGUUUUCUGUGAUUCACUGUAUCAUUUAUAUUUAUAAGGGAAUUACAGAUAGAAAUUCAUGUUCAAGUAUUUUUGUACAUCGCAAUGACAAUAAAAUAUUCAUAAUGAGAAAAA